AUGAAAUCCUUUAUAUUCUUCUUGCUUCUUCUCAUCACAUUGUUUGCAAUCGUGCAUGCACAACGUGGUCCGUUCAACCCCGCGCCGAUUUAUACGCCCUAUUAUAGCGGCGUACCCGGCCCAUCACAACUAACUGGUAAUCAACCUCUACCUAAAGCUGCAAUAUCUGGUGUAGAACCCAGCAGUAGUAACCAACCAGCCAAUGGUCUGCCACAAACUCCAGCAGCCAGUAGCUUAACAACCAACGGCCCAACAUUCAGUCAAUCUGAUAGUUUGCCAGCAUCAACCCCAUCAGCUUCACCUACUACGCCUCUAUCUGCUACGCCUGCCCCACUUGUCACACCUACGCUUGCGACUUCACUUUAA